AUGAAGUCGCGAACUUCCAGGUUUCAGCCGAAGAGGUCGCUUGGCACGGCCUGCUUUUCAUGUGGCCUUUACUUUCAGCAUCGCCCUCAUUAUAAGCAACAUAUGGCGAUGAUGCAUAAUUUUCGAGAGCCACUCGGCUCUUACGUUUGUCCUGAAUGUGGCCAACUGUUCAACGACGAUUUUGAGCUUGUUGAACACUAUUUGAUGCAUGACUUGGUGCUCCUGGUCGAAGCUUUAAACAAGUUUGUCACGCGAAGGAAGACAACAUCGACUGACGUCAACAAGCAGAAACCACUUGGUUUUGGCACUUCUUCGACUUCGUCUGUUUCAAAGCGAAAGAAGAGUCGUACGAUCCCGCCUGUUUCAAGGGUACGAAAAAUUACGAAUGGGUCUGAGCGGAAGUCUAGUGGCAGUGGCUUGAAACUGAAAUUGGCUUUCUCGGCGAAGAGCCGACAGAGUAAAUCGUUUGGUGUUAUUUCGAAGCCCACUCCAAAGAAAAUAGAUUUUGGAAGCAAAGAGAAGGCAAAACAAGGAAGCAGUCGAAAAAUAACUCUCGCCGUUGAAAAGAACACCGAUUUAGCACCAGCGCCAGAGAGCGAAAAAACAAAGUAUUCUCCUUUUUUCCUGCGAGCCAAAUGUGAAAAAUGCAAAGAAAGCUGGGGAAAACCCUAUAAUUUGAUAAAUCACCUGAUCUGUGAUCACAAUGCAAACAUUUUUCAUUUGCAGCGCGAGGUGAUGACGGAAGUGAGUCAGGUGACCGAGGUGCUUUCCGGUAAAACGUGCAAGUUUUGUGAGGCAAAGUUCUUCGACACUUCAUCUUGUAUGAUCCAUGUUGUUCGCAGUCACCGAGCAAAAGUAUUUGAAUGUCCCUCAGACGGGCGACAGUGUUCGGUUUGCUUCGAGCUGUGCUCUCACAACGAAGGAGGAGUGGAUAAGCGUUUCAAAAUCAGCGUGAACGUGAAGCCAUCGAAUCAAGCUCGUUCAGAGGACCCGGUGUGA